CUGAUGUAGUUUCUGUUUGUGAGUGAGUCAGAGCUACCUUUUAUAUAGUGUGUGCAGACAGCCAGGACUCCACCAGUCCACAUCUCAUUCCUCAUACAUCCCAGCUGUGAUUAUUGAACACAUCAUGUACUGCUGGGGGAAUAACAGGUUUGGGCAUUUGGGACUUGCUGACACAGAACAAGGAGAUGUCCAUUUCAAGGAAAAUGACUCUUUUCAUGGACAGCCAAGUGUGCAAAAGGUGGCAUGUGGAGGAAGACACUCACUUUUUCUCCUAGACGAUGGCAUUGUUUUAUCUUGUGGCCAAAACCUUUGCGGACAGCUGGGCAGAAAGAAUAAUAUCAGUAGUUUAGAACAAAUCCAUGCACUGGAAGCCCAGACUAUUGUUGAUGUGAGCUGUGGGUCAAACCACUCUGUGGCAAUAUGUAAUGAAGGCAAUGUAUUUACCUGGGGUGAAGGAACACAUGGACAACUUGGAUCAGGACAAUUUCCUCAGCAAACUCCUAGUCCAAGAAGAAUAACCGGGCUCUCUGAUAUAAAAAUAAUACAGAUAUCUUGUGGACAUUACCACACCAUUGCACUUUCUGAAGACAGCAACGUGUUCUCAUGGGGAAAGAAUGAUGUUGGUCAGCUCGGCCUGGGAAAUCAGAUAGCAGAUCAUGCAAGCCCUCAACUUGUAAAGUUCUUGAAAGGGGUCCCUCUGGUUCAGGUCACUGCAGGUGGUUCCCAGAGUUUUGCUCUGUCUAAAUUAGGAAUUGUGUUUGGAUGGGGAAAGAAUAAUGCAGGACAACUGGGAUUUGAAAGUGACCCCCAAAAAGCAGGUGUAUUCAGACCAAAAGCAGUCUCCUCUUUGAGAUUUCUGAGUGUUGUCUACAUAAGCUGUGGAGAUGAACACACUGCUGUACUGAGCAAGGAUGGCACCGUGUAUACAUUUGGUGAUGGCUCAUAUGGGCAGCUAGGAGACAGCUCUGUUGCUCACACAUCAGUGCCUCAGAAGAUAGAAGAAUAUGAAGGGCAGAUUUCACAGGUAGCUUGUGGAAGCUAUCACACCCUAUUGUAUGUCUUCACAUCUAACCACGUUGUAUCAUUUGGUCAUGGACUACCAAGGAAUCCAGACACAUCUGGCUGUGACGAAGAUCAACCACCACAGCUCACAUUGCCACUGGACACUAGCAGCAUGUUCACUCCAAGUGACUUCAGCGAUAUUCAUGUAAAGCAAAUCUUUGCUGGAAACAAUGUCAGCUUUGUGACUUCUUCACUACAAGCACAGAACCAUACAUUACUGAGUGAAACUUUGAAAAAGAUUUGCCAACUGAACAGCACAAUAGUAAUGAAAUGGACAGACACAAAGCCUGGGAAAGGGAAGCAUCACAAUGCAAAAAGGGAAAUAAGCAAAGUGUUUUCCUCACCUGCUUGCCUGACCGCAAAUUUUUUAAGGCACCGGUCUUCUCCAUCCGAAAUAUGUCCAAGUGUUGACCUUGAGGCUGCAAACACAUUAUUUACAGAACUCUGCAAAAACAGAUGGAUUUCUGACCUUAUAUGCUCCAGCUUGAAAAAUGACCUGAUUCCAGCUAUUGAGGGCCUUCCAACUAUCUUUGAGGCUUUGUCUGUAUAUCUGUUACUGGCAGAAUGCCCCGUCACACAUGACGUAAACACCUGCUUGCAAUUAGUAGCUCCCUUUGCCUUUGCUAUCAACAAUCUCAGCUCAAAUGCUCUAAAAAUGUUGGAGACAUUGUGGUCAUCACUACCAGCACUCUCCCUGUCAAAGCAAGUUCAGAUGUUUAAAAUUUCUUUGGUGCUGGCUGUGUACGGUCAGGAGCAUUUUAUUAAAGAUCUGUUAGAAGUAUUAAAGAAGCUUUUCAAGGCAAACAAGAAAGCCAGUUAUAAAGUACCAAUAGCUUUCUUCUGCGUUCCUGAAGUCUCCGAUAUAAUCAUCAUCCCUGUGGACCUUAACAACUGGCGUCUAUGGCAGAAGGCGACUGAGGCUGAACAAGAUGCCCUUCCUCCAAUAUAUUAUCGUUUUCCAUUUAUCUUCACAUUUGCCACUAAGGUUCACUAUUUACACUUUGAUGCGUCACUGAAAAAGAAUGAAGUAAAACUACAAGCCAGCCAGAUGCUUGUGCUGAACAGAAUGAAUCACAGCAGUGACAGUCCCAGGAUACCCCUCUUACAUCUCAAAAUCAGACGUCAGAAUCUUUUGGAAGAUACCAUGCAUAAACUCAGCAUUGUGGAAGAUUGUGAUCUCAAAAAGGAGUUAUUGGUGGAAUUUCACGGUGAGACUGGAGCUGAUACCAGAGCUGUCAUUUCAGAGUUCUUCCUCUUUGUGGCUGAGAAAAUGGUCCAUCCUGACUAUGGACUUUUCACUUGUUCCGAGCCAUUGUUACCAGUUUGGUUUCCAAGCCAGGCAUCAGCAGAGAAGAAAAACUAUUAUUACUAUGGUAUAUUGUGCGGGUUGGCAAUUUACAAUCAGAUUGUUAUGUACAUGCCCUUUCCAUUGGCCUUGUUUAAAAAGCUUCUGGGUAAAAAAACCACAAUAGAUGACUUGAAGGAGCUACAACCUACCAUGGGAAGAAGUAUGCAGAUCCUUCUGGCUACUGAGAAAGAUGUGGAAAGCCUUGAACUAUAUUUUACACUGUGCUGGGAAAACAAAACUAUAGAGCUGAUCCCAAAUGGAGCAUCUGAGCGUGUGACCAAUUUAAACAAGCAUGACUAUAUCAAUAAGUGUAUUGACUACAUUUUCAACACAUCCGUGGUGGAAACAUUUGAAGAGUUCAGGAGAGGACUAUACAAAAUCUGCAACAAAGACAUUUUUUCAUUUUUCCAGCCCCGUGAACUGAUGGAGCUUGCUUCUGGUCAUGCAAAUUAUGACUGGAAAAUAUUUGAACAGAACACCAUCUACAUUGGAAAGUACUCUCCAAACCACCCAACUAUCACCAUGUUUUGGAAUGUUUUCCAUAAACUACCACUGAAAAAAAAGAAAGGCUUUCUCUAUUUCGUAACAGGAAAUGACAAAAUCCCAGUUUUUGGGAUAGGAAAUAUACGUAUGAAGAUAUCCUCAUUUGGUGUCCCACAGGAGAACUACCUGCCAGAGGCACAGCCCUGCUCUUGGUUAUUGCUUCUCCCUGAAUACUCUAACACUAAAGUGCUCCGCUCAAAGCUGCUUCUGGCUAUAGAGAACAACAAGGGAUUCAACAGGAUCUAGAAAACCUGGCAUUUAUCCUAACAACUCCAGGCCUAUAUAAUCAGUAACAUGCCAGGUAUUAUGAGUGUCCCAACUUAGUGACAUAAGUGUCAGUCUGUCUGUGAUAUGACUGAUACCACAGCAUUCUUUCAGAGAAAUGCAAGAAGGACUAGAACAUUACAAACCGCUAUUAGGCAUUGUUUGCAUGUAUUUAGUUAUAUUCGAUAUACAAUAUAUUAUAUUCAGUAGGAAAUUAUUAAUCUGCAUGUUUCUACAGUAUUCCCUCCCCAUAUCCAUAACACCUAACCAUCCCGAUUUUGUAGGGACAGUCCCUCUUUUCAGUGUCCCAUCACGUGGGACUAAUGUAGGGGACCCCUCUCACCUGCUGCUCCGCUUAGCAGAGCACCACGAAAUGCCAUGUGCAUGCGUGCGUCAUCUAUUCACAAAAGAAAGGGCCUGGGGGCAUGGCAAGUAGCUCACAGACCACUGGGCAUGCUCCCACCGUAACAAAAAUGGAGUAGUAGCUUGUGGGUGGUGACAUUUCCAGUGAGACCACUCCCACAUAGCCACGCUCCUAGCUGCAAAGUCAUAUCCCCUAAUUUUGGUCCCACAGAGCCCUGCAAUAAAGUUGGGAGAUAUGCAUAUUUGUCAUUCCACUUUGCACUGGUACCCUGAAUCCUCCAGAAUCCAAAUUACAGAUAUUUAACUACAAAUCCUUUAACACCUCCCCUUGCAGCCUAACCCUCACUGGUGGUGCCUAAGUCUUACACCCACCUUCCCCCGCAGCCUACCAACAACCCCCCGUCUCCGCAGGCUAAACCUAAUCCCCCCCCUCCCCCCCCACUCCACACACACAGCCUAACCAUCCCCCCGCAGCAUGACCGGUGCCCUAUCCCGCACCCUUCAAAUAUUAUUUUUUUUUAUUCAAUAGAUGUUUAUUGAUUUUGAAGACGAACAAACAGAUAACAAUAUAUGCAAUAGUGUUAGAGUGUGUGUAUGCAAAUUAUGUAUGCAUAAACAAACAAUAAAGAAAAAUUUCAAACAAAUAGAA